AUGUCUCAACGUUUAGAGACAGACCAAGCACAAGCUGGAUACCUUGAAAUGCGAUAUGGACGAAUCAUUAGAUAUCUGGUGUCUGUAAUGUUUCUUCUGCAGAUGGUUUUCUACAUGUCCAUAUCGCUUUAUGGAGCAGUUUUGGCCUUAAGUGCUACCACUGAUUUGUCUUUUGAAGUGUCCAUUGUGUCCUUGGGAGCUAUUUGUGCUUUUUAUUGUUCCUUGGGUGGACUUAAAGCUGUUUUGUGGACGGAUUGUUUCCAAGCUAUUUUAAUGAUAAAUUGUUUGUUAGCAAUAUGCAUAGCAGGCAUCUGUGAUGCAGGUGGUAUUUUUGAACUCUUUCAAAAAGCUUCAAUUGGUAAAAGACUGGACUUAUUCGAGUUCAUGCCAGAUAUAACUAGGAGGUAUGGAUUUUGGGCAUGCGCAACUCAAGGAAUAUUGACAGGAGUGUCUUUUUUUGGAACAAACCAAGUUGAAGUACAAAGAUUACUCAGUCUCAGUACCAUUAAACGAGCAAAAUCAACACUUCGAAUGAGUAGUUUCCCAGUGUGUCUCAUGUACACAACAUGCUGUUUCUUAGGACUUGUGUUAUAUGGUGUUUAUUAUAAUUGUGAUCCAAUCGAACAGGAUUAA